AUGUCUCUUCAGAGCCGAGUGUCCGGCCGCCUGGCACAGCUGCGCGUGGCGGGGCGGCAGCUCAUCGCCUCGCGCCCCUGGCCUGGCCCCUUGGCGGGUGCCACGCGGCCCCGCAGCAGUGCGUUCAGCCCCCCGGCGUCCCUGGGCGCGUACGGGCCCCGCGCGCGGACCCCAGCGGGAGUUGAGGCUUGGGGGGCAGCGGCCGUCGGGCGGAGAGCCGGCGUGCGCACCUGGGCCCCCCUGACCAUGGCGGCGAAGGUGGAUCUGAGCACCUCCACAGACUGGAAGGAGGCAAAAUCUUUCCUGAGUGGCCUCAGUGAAAAGCAGAGGGAGGCACACUACUUCUGCAAGGACUUCGUCAGGCUGAAGAAAAUUCCGACGUGGAAGGAGACGGCCAAAGGGGUGGCCGAGAAGGUGGAGGAGCCCAAGUACAAGAAGGACAAACAACUCAACGACAAGAUCUCCCUGUUCCGCGGCGACAUCACCAAGCUGGAGGUGGAUGCCAUUGUCAAUGCCGCCAACAGUUCCCUGCUUGGAGGCGGCGGUGUGGACGGCUGCAUCCACCGGGCGGCCGGGCCCCUGCUCACCGACGAGUGCCGCACCCUGCAGAGCUGUGAAACUGGCAAGGCCAAGAUCACCGGAGGCUACCGGCUGCCGGCCAAGUACGUCAUCCACACGGUGGGGCCAAUCGCCCAAGGCGAGCCCAGCGCCAGCCAGGCCGCCCAACUCCGCAGCUGCUACCUGAGCAGCCUGGACCUGCUGCUGGAGCACCGGCUCCGCUCGGUGGCGUUCCCGUGCAUCUCCACGGGCGUAUUCGGCUACCCCAACGAGGCGGCCGCCGAAGUGGUUCUGUGCGCGCUGCGCGAGUGGCUGGAGCAGCACAAGGACAAGGUGGACCGGCUGGUCAUCUGCGUGUUCCUGGAGAAGGACGAGGACAUAUACCGCCACCGGCUCCCGCACUACUUCCCCACUCGCCAGGGCCCGCAGGACCCCGUUCCCAGCUCUGAGAAGUCACCGGAGCCUGCAGGCGGGCCACGCCCCCCUGUUCUGGCCUUCAACCCCCAAUAA